AUGUCUAGAAUUGAUACCCAUACACACGUUGUUCCUAAGGCCUGGCGCCGACACUGUUGCGAACACGGUUUCAAAAACCCGGACGGCAUGCCGGCUAUUCCAGAAUGGACUCCCGAAGCACACAUUGACUUAAUGAAUCAACUGAACAUCUCAAAGUCUAUCUUGAGCAUCACAUCUCCGGGAACCCACCUAAAGCCUGGCGAUGACGAGCUAGCUUGUCGGGUCACACGUGAAACGAAUGAGGAGAUCGCUGCUAUCUGUCGACAGCAUCCUGAUAGAUUUGGGUUCUUUGCAUCUUUGCCACUGCCUGAUGCCGAAGGGUCCCUCGCCGAGAUCGAUUAUGCUCUGGACUCUCUAGGCGCUUACGGGUUCGCCCUCAUGACUAAUGCUCACGGCUAUUAUCUCGGUGACCAGAAGCUCGAUAAAGUCUUUGCAAGACUUAAUGAAAAGAAUGCGAUUGUUUUCAUGCACCCGACUUCAUGCCAUGCUCAUAGUAUGCCAGAUGCCGACAGGCCUCUGUCACAAUAUCCUGCCCCGGUCCUAGAAUUCUUCUUCGACAGCACAAGGGCGGUUGUCAAUCUUAUACUAUCAGGCACUGUCGAGCGAUAUCCCAACAUCACGUACCUUGUGUCACACUGUGGUGGAGCUUUGCCACCUUUGAUUGAGCGAUUCUCCUCAUUCUCAUCUGUCAUUUUGAACGGACAGAAGGGUGUGAAUUCACAAGAUGUGAAAAGGCUGUUCAAGUCGAGAUUCUACUUUGAUCUGGCAGGAUUUCCAUUCCCUGACCAGAUUCAUGGUUUGAUCAGGACCACGGACUCUUCCCGGCUGUUGUACGGGAGCGACUUCCCGUAUACCCCUGCUUCUGCACUUCCCGCAAUGGCAGUACGCAUGGACCAUGGUUUGGCAGAUUUGUUUGAUGAAUAUGCUGUCAGCAAUAUCUAUUCGGGAAAUGCAAAACGACUGCUCAAUCUGUGA